UCGGAGCUCAGAUCAGCCUUCUACAGGUGAGCUCAGCCUCUCGUCUGAAUGAACAGUUCAGAGCUGCUGUCCUGAGGUCCGGUGGAGGAUGAACUGGACGGUGUCGACCCAACCUGAGCCGAUGGGCUCCUGCUCAGGUGAAACCGAGUGGGCGUACGGGAUCUGUGACUGCUGCCACGACAUGAAACAAUGCUGCUUUGCGUGCUGGUGCUGUCCCUGUUUCGCCUGUAAGACCACUAAGGAGUUUGGUCAGUGUCUCUGUCUCCCUCUGUUGGACGUAUUUGGUUGUAUCCAUCCUAUCACCAUGUCCAUCAGGGUGUCCAUGCGUCAUCGAUACAGGAUCAAAGGUGACCUGUGUUUGGAUUGCCUGAGCUCCACCUUCUGUCUCCCGUGUGUAUGGUGUCAGAUGGCCUCAGAGAUGAAGGAGAGGCAGCUGCCAACGGUGCUGAGCGACAUCUUCAGCAGCUGAGGAUGAUGUCAUCAGCAUGAUAUCACUGCUCCAGAAGUGACUCGGCUCUUUGUGCUAUAGGUUUUUAUUUUGAUGUUUUUACUCUUUUGUUUUGUCUGAUUUGUUUUUUUUUUAGUGUUUUCUUCAGUUUCAGACAGAAACUUUGUGAUUUAACGUGAACACAGCCUGAAGUGUGACCUCAGAGAUAGGAUCAAAGGUCAUUAAUGACAUCAGAUUUGACAUCUUUUGUGUUUUAUUACUGAUUUUAGUGACUGUGAGUCAAAUCGGAGGUCCGAGAUAAAACUGGUUUGUUUUUUCAUUCAGAUCUUAGUUUUUUUUAUAGAAUUGCUGCUUUUGUUUAUUUUAUAUUUUAUCAGGCUG